AUGAUGCUCUGCUGUCAUGUGGGCGAAGAGGGCUAAACCGAUGAGGAGCUCCUACUUGGUAUUACUUGAUUAGAUCUUGAUUUUUAUCAAAUGAAUACCACUUGUUUAUGACUUAAUAAAAAUAUCGCAGUGACCAGAACACAUGUUCGCCGUCUGAGCUACGUGUCCGGCCCGGACGAGGUGUCGCUGUCGAGCAGGAAUCAUCUGAAAUAAGUGAAUGACAGACCGCAGCAGAGAAUCCACGAUGGUGUUUGAACUGUCGACACACUAAGUUCUCCGAGAUAAAAGACAUCUGAUGAAAAAUCCCUGCGACGUGACAGAUUCCGGAAUGGAAGACAAGGCAAAUGGCUCUGUUGACACCAAAAGCCCCGUGGAGAAUGGUCAGAUGCCGGACCCUGCCAACUGGGGGGUCACUGACGUGGUCAAUUACUUCAAAGCAAGCGGGUUCGAGGAGCAAGCCACGGCUUUCCAGGAUCAGGAAAUCGAUGGCAAGUCCCUGCUCCUGAUGACGCGCAACGACGUCCUGACGGGGCUGUCGAUAAAGCUCGGCCCGGCACUGAAGAUCUACGAGUAUCACGUGAAGCCGCUGCAGACUCAGCACCUGAAGAGCAACGCCUCGUAGCAGCGCAGGCCUGUCCCGUCCCGACACUCACCUCAGUGACAAUCAUCAUGUCAGGAGAUCCCAGGUCAGCUGCCGCUUCACAGACUCCACUGGUGGCACAGCGGCACCAUAACAGGAUUCGAAUGCUGUAUGUUUUUUAUCAGCAUGGACCCCAAAAAUGCUUUGAGCCGGGAGUCCACUCCGCUGUUUACCCUUUCAGCCAUUCUUACCUUGGUGCUUGAGGUAUGUAUUUUAUUUUUGUGUGUGUGCGUGUGUGCGUGUGUGUGUGUGUGUGUGUGUGUUUUAUAUUAAAAAAGGACAUUUUGGGGAGGGGGCAGAAAUUUCUGCAGGUAUUAUAUUUUGUGUGCGUGUGUGUGUGUGUACAUAUGUUUGUGGGUGUGUGCAAAGUGAAUUGAAUGUUUGUUUGUUUUUUAAGUAUUUGUACUGUAUAUAAGAUAAUAUAGUUGAAAAGUGUGUAUGUUCUGUGUUACCUGAACACUUUGAUACACACAGAAAAUGAUUCUGAUGCAUCCCAGUUUGCCCUGAAAUCAUUUCUCACCCUCUAAACUGCGCAGCUGAGUCCACGAGUCGUCCUUAGCAUGUAACAAUGAAGCGUUUUGUUUUUACCCAGACACAAGGAACCACCUUCUUUAUCUCGGCUCGAGGCUCUUGACAUGAAAAUAUUUUUCUGUAUAUAUUCUUACUAUGUUCCUACCUGUGGUGCUUUCAGCAUUGUCACUCUGUCACAGCUGUACUGAAGUUUGUAUGAGUGUAUAUGUGCAACAUAACACUGGAGUUUUGAAUAUCUGAAUCAAAGAUUUGCAAUAAAUGGUGCUCUUUUCUCACCAAAGAACAA